GAGGAGAAGGGAGCAUUUCCCUGACAAGAACGCAGCGCUGUCGGGCAGCCAAUGCUACAUUUAGUGGAGGGAUGGAGUGACGGAGAUCCGGGUGGUGGUGAUGGGUCUGUUGUAGGGGCUCAGAGGGCAACAUGUGGUGUCUGCAGUGCGCCUCUGACAGGACUCAGUCCUUACUGGAGCUGGAUUCAGACAGCUGUGUGGAAGGUGAUGCUCCGGGUGGUGAGGUGGGAGCCUCUGUGGACCCCAGCGGUGGCUACAGUUGCAUCCCAGUGACCCACAGCGGCGGGCUCGGUCCCGACCACCUGGACAGCCAGCUCUACGGACACAUCUUGCUGCCCGGGCACCUGCGGCCCCGCCGGCCGAAGCUCCAGCACUCGCAGUCCAUCCUCCGCAAGCAGGCAGAGGAGGAGGCCAUCAAGCGCUCCCGCUCGCUGUCGGAGAGCUAUGAGCUCUCAUCUGACCUACAGGACAAGCAGGUGGAGAUGCUAGAGCGCAAAUAUGGUGGGCGUUUCAUAACCCGGCAUGCUGCCCGCACCAUCCAGACAGCCUUCCGCCAGUACCAGAUGAACAAGAAUUUUGAGCGUCUGAGAAGUUCUAUGUCUGAGAACCGUAUGUCCAGACGAAUUGUCCUAUCCAAUAUGAGAAUGCAGUUUUCCUUCGAAGGACCUGAAAAAGUCCACAGCUCCUACUUCGAGGGAAAGCAGGUCUCGCUAACAGAUGACGGGACCAAGAUCGGUGCAUUGGUGCAGUCAGAGCAUAGUGGAGAGAUGGGUGUGCAAGCCAAAACCCCGACAACGCAGAGUGACUUCACAGACGCCAUCACAGAACUAGAGGAUGCCUUCUCCAGGCAAGUCAAAUCUCUAGCCGAGUCCAUUGAUGAUGCUCUAAACUGCCGCAGCCUGCAUGGUGACGACAGUCCAUCAGAGACGGGAAGAGGCCACCAGGAUAUGGACAGGGAGGUCAGCUGUCAGGUGAAACCCUCCCACGUCUCAGAACACCGCAAACUGGACGAGAUGACAGCAUCUUACAGCGAUGUAACCCUUUACAUUGAUGAAGAAGAGCUGUCACCCCCCCUGCCUCUGUCUCAGUCCGUAGAUCGACCCUCCAGCACAGAGUCGGACUUGCGUCAGCGUUCCCUCAACUCCUCCCAGGACUACUGGUCCUUGGCUCAUAAGGACGAAAAGGGGGACACGGACACCAGCUGCCGCAGCACACCUUCCUUAGAAUGCCAAGAGCAGCGUUUGCGGGUAGACCAUCUACCUUUACUGACCAUAGAGCCUCCCAGCGACAGCUCUGUGGAGCUGAGCGAUCGUUCUGACCGCAGCUCUUUGAAGAGACAAAACGCCUACGAGCGGAGCCUCAGCAACCAGCAGAGCAGCCCCAAACACAUCAGCCACAGCCUGCCACCUCGAGGGCCUUCCAGGGAAGACGACGCCUCUCGCCAUCGGCCCCGACAACUGGAGGCCCACCUGGCCAUCAACGGUACAGCAAACCGACAGAGCAAGUCAGAGUCUGAUUUCUCUGACGGUGACAACGACAGCAUCAACAGCACAUCGAACUCCAACGACACCAUCAACUGCAGCUCUGAGUCCUCGUCCAGGGACAGCCUGAGGGAACAGACGCUCAGCAAGCAGACGUACCACAAAGAAACUCGCAACAGCUGGGACUCACCUGCAUUCAGCAACGACAUCAUUCGCAAGAGGCACUACCGCAUUGGCCUAAACCUCUUCAACAAGAAACCAGAAAAAGGCAUCCAGUAUCUGAUAGAGCGAAACUUUGUUCCAGACACUCCGGUGGGUGUGGCCCACUUCCUGCUCCAGAGGAAAGGCUUGAGUAGGCAGAUGAUUGGCGAGUUCCUGGGUAACAGACAGAAACAGUUCAACCGGGAUGUCCUUGACUGCGUGGUGGAUGAAAUGGAUUUCUCAGCCAUGGAGCUGGACGAAGCGCUCAGGAAAUUCCAGGCACACAUCAGAGUCCAGGGAGAAGCCCAGAAGGUCGAGCGGCUGAUAGAGGCCUACAGCCAACGCUACUGCAUCUGCAACCCUGGGGUGGUGCGACAGUUCAGGAACCCCGACACCAUCUUCAUCCUGGCCUUUGCCAUCAUCCUCCUCAACACAGACAUGUACAGCCCCAACGUCAAGCCCGAGAGGAAGAUGAAACUGGAGGACUUUGUGAAGAACCUUCGGGGAGUGGAUGACGGGGAGGACAUCCCCCGGGAAAUGCUGGUAGGGAUAUACGAACGGAUUCGCAAACGAGAGCUCAAGACUAAUGAAGACCACGUGUCUCAGGUUCAGAAAGUGGAGAAGCUGAUUGUUGGAAAAAAGCCUAUUGGCUCUUUACACCAUGGUCUUGGCUGCGUACUAUCUUUACCCCACCGGAGACUCGUCUGUUACUGCAGACUUUUUGAAGUGCCCGACCCCAACAAACCACAGAAGCUGGGCCUGCACCAAAGGGAGAUCUUCCUCUUCAACGACCUGCUAGUGGUUACAAAAAUUUUCCAGAAGAAGAAGAACUCUGUGACGUACAGCUUUCGGCAGUCCUUCUCGCUUUAUGGCAUGCAAGUGCUGCUCUUUGAGAAUCAGUAUUAUCCCAACGGAGUUCGCCUGACCUCAGCCAUUCCCGGCGCUGACAUCAAAGUCCUCAUCAACUUCAAUGCACCCAAUCCUCAGGACCGCAAAAAGUUCACCGACGAUUUGCGAGAAUCGAUCGCAGAAGUCCAAGAGAUGGAGAAGUACCGGAUAGAAUCUGAGCUAGAAAAACAGAAGGGCGUGGUGAGACCCAGCAUGUCCCAGAGUUCGGGGUUAAAGAAGGACACGGGAAACGGCAACCUGAGCCGAGCCAGCCUCGACGACAGCUACGCCAUCGGUGAAGGCCUGAAGAGGAGCGCCCUCAGCAGCUCCUUGCGUGACCUCUCAGAAGCAGGCAAGCGUGGGAGACGCAGCAGUGCAGGAUCACUAGACAGCAAUAUGGAAGGGUCCAUCAUUAGCAGCCCUCACAUGCGGCGGAGAACCCCCUCCAGCCGAGACUGCCCGUCCCGCCACAGCGGCCAGUCCCUGCCCAACUCCUCCUCGCUGCUCGGAUCUCUGUUUGGCACCAGGCGGGUCAAGUCCCCCAGCCCCACCCCUCCGCACCCCACCCUCAUCUCCCACACCCCCCACCCGGCCAACCUGCACCACACGGCCCGCGUGGAGACGGACGCGGGCUCGGUCCCCAUGCACCCGCACCACGCCCAGUUCUGCCACCUGACCCAGAACCCCCCGCCUUACCACCACCACCACCACUACCACCCGCCGGCCCACCUGCAGCACCCCCCGCACCAGUACCACCCGCCGCCGUCGUCACACGGGCAGCAGCCGCCGUACCCCCCUCACUCUCACGCACAGCACGGCCACGGCAGCCACUCCUCCCACCCCGCCCACGGCUCCCACCACCACGGCCCGGCGCCGCCGCCCUCCCAGGGCCCAAGCAGCACCAAGCCCAAGCACAGCGGCAUCAGCACGGUGGUGUGAGGGGCAACACAGGGGGCUUCUCCUGGCCCCCCUCUGACUGAAUUUUGUUUUUUUUUCUCCGAGGCUCUCGGCCGAUGAGACGGUCGCACUGUGCAUCACUGGUCUGGGGAUGAAAAGCUAGACGAGAUCCUGUGCCUCCUUCAGCUUUUUUUGUUUGUUUUUUCGUAGCUCAGUGGGGCAGUUCAUUCUUUUUUCUUUUUUUUUCUUUUCCCCGCUCGCUCCUUUCAACACAUUUCAGGUCACGAGUCACGUCUUGCCUGCUCCAGGAGCAGCAGACAACAUUUGCAAGAGCAUGCACAAAGACCACAACUACUGUUUCUCCUCAGUAAAUUAAAGGAACACGAUCAAAUAUCUUGCUUACUAGUAUUUUACCGAAAAACUAAAUAGUAAUCUCGACUUUAACGUCUACAAAGUGAUUUUAUCUAGCGUGAGGUUAGUUUGGCUGGACAGACGCCGUCGGCCUCAGCAGUAGCUGGAUGAGUAUUUAACGUAGCGGUAGCUCACAGUGCACUGUGAUAUCUUUGUUAGCGGUGAUUAAUGUGCCAAUUAUUGAAGCAUUUACUAAUUUAGUCACAAAAAUUGCUUUAUGUAUAUUGUGCAUAGUAUUUUGUAAAAUAAUAAUAUCAACUGUUAUAAUUAUUAUUAUUACCGAACAAAUGGCAUCAAUUAAAACUCAGUAUUAUACUCACACAUAGGAGGCGUACUUUCACUGUUAAGAAACCAAUCAAAGCUUUUGUUAGUUAAGCCGAUGUAAGCUGGAAUACUACUGUAAAUGGUUGCCUUUGAGUUAGAACUCCGUUGAAGAUUGUCGCGGGCCGGUCGGUGCACCCCGGCCCGCCCACGGUCUCGUCCGCCGUCUUUGGUUCGGAGUUGUCUCUCUCUUGCUCUGGAAAACGGAAGCCACGGCGAGCGAGUCGCUGAGCAAACAGAUCUUUCUGAAUGUCCGCCCUUCAGUGCUGGCUGCUAGCCCGCCCUCAUUUUAUUUUUUUAAACUAUUUUUUUAGAGUCCAAUAAACAAUAUAAAUAUAUUUGUCGUACUGCAAACCUGGUUCGGAUCCUUCGAGUCUGUACAGCGGGAAGAGGAGGAGGUUGGGGUUUUUUGUUUUUUUUUUGGAAACUGUGCAGCAGGGAAACAGCGACAUGACUGUCCCAGUGUGGAAGCUCUCAGCUGGCUGAGUGAGCCCCGUCCCUCUUCGGUUUUCACUGUGCGUCUCUGGGACAGCGAGCCAUCGUGCGGGGCUGUUCGCUCCCUCCAUCUGACUCUUUUCCUGGGAGCCACGCAGACGCCACAGUACUAAAAAAAAAUCAGUAAUUAUCAUUCUGUGACGGUGACAGCGCCCUCACGCUUCACUCAACACAAAUGGCAGUUUUUUUUUUAUAUCAAUCAUCUUUCUGACAUAUUAUGGGAUGGCUGACUGUACCUCCCAGCCAUCCUGUGCACAGUAUCUGUGGUGUGUUCGGAGCAGGAGGCAGUGGGGGCUGGUGUGUGCUGGAGCAUAUUUUUUUUUGUUGAAAGUGAUAGACACAGCACUUGUUCUACUUAGUUGAUAUCAGUGGCAGAAGUUAGUCUGUAUCUGCUUUAAAGACUAUGAGAUGCUUUUUUUUUCUUCUUUUUUUUAACUUGUGCAAUAUGUAUUUACCUUUUUGUUUUUUGUUGUUGUUGUCCAAGAACACUUUGCAAAUCUGGUGGUUGUUCAUUUGCUUUAGUUCUGUCAGUUUUACCCUCCCUUCCUUUUUGUCCGUCGUCAUUUCUUCCUCAGUGUUUUUUGCGAGUAUCCACAUGGAUUUGGAUGGACUGGAUCUUCUGCGCCGAUACAGAAUGUCACAGAAAAAUAAUUGCAUGUAACAGUGUAUUUUGAGGAGAUUAUUGUGUAUUCCCAGCCUAUAUCAGUGUUACAGUUGACAGUUGUUAAAAAUGAAUGGUAGAAUAGCUUCGACUUCUUCAACUACAGCCAACCGAAGUCGACGGUGUGUUCGUGUCGCUCCAGACGAUAACCAAAUCUGUACCUUUUCCCGAUCCGCAUACAAUAGUCUACUGGAUCUUAGUGUACGAGCGUAGUUCAACCUAUCACACAGCUGUAAGGGGGGGAAACAAAAAUUUAUGUUAUCUUUAGAGCCGGCAUGACAAAACAUGUACUCUGAAAAUCAAAGUGAUAAUUUGAGUAUUUAAACUGGAAACUCUCUUAUCUUCACGUUGUCUCUUGUCUCCGUCACACAUUGCUGUUGUCAAGUGAUAACCAGUAGAUCAGUAUUCUUCAAUACUUGUGUCCUCAACUUUUUUCAAAUAAGCUGCCUUUUUAAGCAGGAUUCACGAGGUGGAACUAAUUUGUUUUAUUGGUAAAGCUAAUUGUCUGUUAAUGAAUCUUUCGCUAAUCAGCAAUAACCCACUUAGAAGACAACUUUUGAGUUCUGAAACAAACAACAAUAAAAAAUGCCAGGGCUGGUGUGUGUCCUCCUGCAGAAGUCAUCUGUAAUUACACAGUUAAUCGUACUUUAUUAAAGUUUUCCAAUAAUCCA